UUAUCGUCAUUGUCAACUUUUAAAAAACCAUGCCCGGGUUAAGUGGCAAACGUCGCGCACAGUAACGGCUCGUUAAAACGGUCUGUCGUGUUAAAAUCUGAGGACUUAUUCUGGCUCGCGGCUCGUCGGCGAGUGUCGACGGGCUACUGCUGCUCGCUAACGUUAGCACUCAGUUAGCAAGUAAAGCGUUGCGCAUUCAAAAUGACACUCCGUAUUCUUGAAACGGCCACAAAACCGAGUGUUGCGUUUGGGCGGUGGCGUGUUUAAUCCGUGGCCGCCGUCUACAUUUAAAUGAUGUGAUUAUUUGAAGCCACUGACAGGAUUCUUUGUCUUUCCUUCUUUACCCUGCGUUUACAUGGAGGAGACAAGACGUCCGUGUGGUCCACACUGUCCCGCCUCUGCAUGGCAGGGAUUGGGUGUUUGACGUGCCUGCCAGCGUCUUUAGGCCGGUGAUUGGUGGUUAACCAGGAUGACAACGCCAGUUUUAUUGCAUUAUGCCCCUACCUUCAACAUGGCCUUCCGUGUAGCUACUGUUGUAACUUGGCUAGUUUUAGCUUUCUUGAAGACUACGCUGUUGACAGGAUGUCUAUUUGGAUUUCUUGACAGCCAGUGUUUAACAAGUAUUUAUCCUCAUAUUGACUAAGAUUGAUACACGGCACGAGUCGUCGUGCUAAAAGUUAGCUGCGCUAGCAUGAUGACUAGUCUUACCCAGUCUCCUGUUGGAGUCGAGAAAAUGGAUGUCGUUGUUUUAACUGACGUUUUUGCUUAAAAAUUAGUCACGACAAGACAACAGUGGAAGCUGACAACACGUUUGUUUGCCCCUGAGCAUUUUUCUUUGUCUUGCUAUAAGACACAUCGUCUAUCAGCUUGCUUUAUUGUUGUAUAACGUAUUGUAAUGACAAAGGAACGCCCUCUUGAGCUGCAGAGGCAUUGGUAAAUGUAAACCCGUAGUGCUGAAAAUUCAGGUCUUCACAUGCUAAUAUCCUGAGCACCUGAUCAUAAGUGGCCAGCUUCAUGUAUAUGCCUGGACAUGCCCGGUGUGUCUUCAAAUCUUUCAUUCAUUCAUCUUCAACUGCUUUAUCCUCCACAUUAGGGUCAUAGGGGUCACUGGUGCCAAUCCCAGUUGACAUAGGGUGAAAGGUGGGAUACGCCCUGGACAAUCCAUCACAGGGCCACAUAGAGACAAACAAACACACACCAACCUCACACCAACGGUCAAUUUAGAGUGUCCAAUUUGCCUUAUCCCAAAAAUAUGCAUGUUUUUGGAUUGUGGAAGGAAACCAUAGAACCCUGAAAAAAACAUUUGAACAUUUGGACAUGUCUACAUUCUUUGCAUACAUGAAUGCAGUUUUUACACAGUGUCCAUAAGUCGAUUUGAUUGUAAUCACCACCACAAUAUUAACACUAACUGAAAGCACUUUUCACUGUGAUGGAACCUCCCGGUGGGGGAGAUGAACGGCAGAGGCAGGCAGAGCGUCUUCGGCGGGAGGAGGCAUAUUAUCACUUCAUCAAUGAAUUGAGUGAAGAGGAGUAUCGCUUAAUGAGAGAUGGCAACCUGCUAGGCACACCUGGGGAAGUGACUGCUGAAGAGCUGCGGCAGCGUCUUGAUGGAGCAAAAGAGCGUGUUUCCUCUCAGCCUCGUACUGAGCAACGCUCACAGACUGCAGAUUCUGGGGAACAGCAGAGCAGUAGUGGUGAGGGAGAAGAGCGAGGGGCUGUAGGUCGACGAGGGGCAGGAGGCACAGAGCCUGGAACAGAAACAUCUAAUGGUGACUCAUUACUGGAGUGGCUGAACACUUUCAGACGUACUGGUAAUGCUACUCGCAGCGGACAGAGUGGCAACCAGACAUGGCGUGCUGUCAGUCGGACCAACCCCAACAGUGGAGAAUUCCGCUUUAGCCUGGAGAUCAACAUCAACCAUGAUCAGCCAGAACCAGGGGAACAUAAUGACACUGCAGACACUGCAGAGCUGCCGGUGACUGCCCCAAAUACAACCUCACCCUCUCUUCAUACUGCUUCCACCUUCACCAACCCUCGUCCUUCAGCCAUUUCAAGGCCAGCUCCAUACCCUUCUUCUCGUCCUGCCCUCAGUAGAAGGAUGCAGACACGGCGUACACGCACCAGUACUGCCACUCUUUCUAUGAGCCCCCCUGCACUUCCUGCACCAGAGCCACUGCAAGCUGCUGCCCAGAGAAGAGGUGGCACUUUGCGCUCUUUAGCACCACCCUCCACUGUUCCUAACCUUCCUCUGGAACAAACCACACCAUCACAACAUCAAGCCCUCAAUUCAGAAGCAGAGCAGGGACGUGAUAAUAUAGCUGUUUCUAUAGACUGUCCCCGUGUAUCACCUCAGUCUGGGUCACCAGCAGUAGGACAUGAAUCACGUGGCAGUCGGACUCGAUCGCGUGGUCGUGCACGUAGGGCUGCUGCAGGGGGUGGGGUUUCAUCUCGCUUGUCUAGGCGAAGCCGUUCUCCCUUGCACAGAAUACCUAUCACUUCCACUCCACCAUCCAGCAGUGGUGGCAGUGGCUCUAGCAUCAACACUGUUGAGCCAAGCAAUGGCACAAGCUCUGUUUCCAUGGAGACGGGAGCUGCUGUGGCAGAACCUGCAGCUCUAACAGAGCCAGCUGUAGAGUCAGGAGAACGUGAUGGUGAAUCACACGUUGUAGGAGCAGGAAGUUCAGCAGCACGACGGCACCCAACUAUCAUGUUGGACCUGCAGGUGAGAAGGAUUCGACCCGGUGAAAACCGUGAUCGGGACAGCAUUGCCAGCAGAACACGAUCACGUGCGCGGGUUGCUGAGAAUACUGUCACAUUUGAAAGUGAUAGUGGUGGAUUUAGACGUACCAUUUCCCGCUCUGAGCGCGCUGGGAUCCGCACCUAUGUGAGCACUAUCCGGAUUCCCCUGAGGCGCAUCAGUGAGACAGGGCUGGGGGAACCAAACUCCACUGCACUGCGUUCCAUCUUGCGCCAGAUUAUGACUGGUUUUGGGGAGCUGAGCUCCCUAAUGGAGACUGAGGCUGAUUCUGGAACUAUUGCACCUAGUCAUGCAGAUGCUAUUGGCACAAAUAGUAACGCUACCCCAGCCAGUCGUCUGCAUUCAAAUGAGAGUAUAGUUGGCCAGGUUGCCACAGGUGGGGUAAAUCAAGAGAGGGUGGGGCUGGUCGGUGGUGAGGAGGACCAGGGUGGGCAGGCCAGACUCGGAGGAGGAGGAGUAGUGAGCACCACAGAAGCACGGGCCGCCAGCAGAGACACCAACAACCUGGUAGAAAACGGUACUCUACCCAUCCUGCGGCUGGCACAUUUCUUCUUACUUAAUGAUGAAGAGGAUGACGAACACCCCCGGGGCCUGACCAAAGAGCAGAUUGACAAUCUAUCCACUCGUACCUAUGGUCAGGCCAGUCUGGAGGGGGAGGUGGGUCGAGCGUGCAGCGUCUGCAUUAAUGAGUACGCCCAAGGCAACAAGCUGCGCCGCCUCCCCUGUUCUCAUGAAUUCCACAUCCACUGCAUCGACCGCUGGCUCUCUGAAAACAACACCUGCCCAAUUUGCAGGCAGCCCAUACUCACAGUGCAUCAUGACUGAAUAAGGAGCUCACAAAAACAACUGUCAUGUUCCUUGCUGGCUGAGCUGAGCAGACACAAGUUGGCUUUGCAUGUAGAUAGGGCUUUUAUGGUUUAAUUUCUUUGAAUGUCCGCUGUGUUGAAGUUGAAGAAGGUUAAACCAAAAGUGCGGGGAAAAAGAGAAACUAUAAAUGCAGAGAAUUUACAAAACUUUAUUUUUUUAGACUCCUUGUUUUCAGCAACUUAUUGUUUUAUUUUCUUCCUCCACUGACAUGUUUCGCUGGUCUCUUAUGUCAGGGGCCCAUGUCAAUGGAUGGCAUUAAAGCUUAAGGAGCUCUCAUAGCUGCUGCUGACUAGUCUCACUUUAACUCGCUAAUGUCUAACAUUUGUGACGUCUGUAUCACAACUAGACUACAUGAAUCACUUCUACACCUGAUUUAUUCAAUAUAAACUGUAAAUAAUUCACCGGUGCUUGUGUUUAAAGGUUUUGAAGCUCCUCCCACCUGCCAUCUCUUUAGAAUGGAAACCGUUUUUUAAAAACAUGAACCAUUUUAAUGCUUCAACAUCCAUUUUUAAAGUGUCCCAUUACAGUUGGUUGGAAAAUGUAUGGUUUAGCGUAAUGUUUAUGAGCUAUGUAUUUAAUUUUGAAAUUAGUUUUAUUCUGCACAUCUGAAUAUUAUUAUUUUAGGCCUUCUGCAUAAGCCUGUCCCAUGUAAAGGCAAUACAGAAUUCAACCUUUCCAGUAACUAGCCACUUUAAUAUCAUUUACAUUAUCCAUGUGAACAACAUAAUUCAAGUGAAAUACAAACGGCAUGUGAUAAUCAGGAGUUCAGAUUUGUAAUUUAGAAUGAGUUGUGCAAUACAGAGAGAAGACAGUAUUGUUUGUUGUUUACAUUGUAAUGCCUGAUUGUCAUCUCCCCUUAAAAACAGUCUUGUAAACCCUGAAAUCCUCUUGAUUGCUGUUUAUUUGGAGCCAUACCUCACACACAUCAAGACCAGUAUCAUGGAGUUGCUUUGCGGAUGUAGCCUCAGAAUCCAUUGUCACAUCUUUUCCAAAUUGUGCCCAUUAUAGUGCAAUGGUGGCACCCAAGUAAGGCAGUGUUAAAAAAAUAUAUCUGUGUACGCUAUUCAUGGUUUGUUUUUCUUUUACCACCACAUAUUUUGGCCUUUCUCAUAUAGCUCAGGUGGAUUAUUUAGUGGGACCCGCCUCAUCCAGCUGGGUCACUUUGUACGUCAACAUUAACAAUUAGUACACAAGAGCUACUGUCACUUACAUAGCUGCAGGCUGGAUGCAGUGUAGUGUAUGUGAGAAUAUGUGAGUGAGGUACGUGUUAGUGAGUCAGCCGUGUGUGCAUGUGAGCAUGUGGGUACGGAAGGAAAGGCUUUCUGUCCCACUACCUGGUUCAGUGGACAUCCACCUCGGACACAUGAAGACAGGCCGCGGCCACUCACUGCGGAAGUGAAUAUUUAUUCUGUUACUAUUUAAUAAGAUGGAAAUCGACUUUUGAAAAACAUCACUACGUAUUGUUAAGAUGUGUGAGAGUGAAUAAAACACUUAUGAUCAACAUGUUUCUAUGUAAUAACAAAGAAGACAUGGUUUUCUUCUCUGCUCCCCAACAAUGGAAUAAAAUGCAGCUUUGUCAUGGC